UGUCCCGUUGCGCUGCCGGCAAGCGGAGUCUUUGCGACGCUGCGGGGCCUGCGGAACGUAGGUUUGACCGCUCUACCCGGAGGAUCCUCGACGUCUUUCCGGCCGGCGCAGCCAUGUGGAGCCGCUGGAAGCUGCUGAACCUGGGCCGCCGAUUUGUAAAUUACAAGCCAUGGAGGUGGAGGAGUAAUGCAGCAUGUGAUAGAGCUCUAGAGUACAAAGUAGGUGACAAAAUCCAUGGAUUCACUAUAAAUCAGAUAACCCCUAUUCCUGAUCUAUUCUUAGUUGCCGUGAAGCUUGGUCAUGACAGCACAGGUGCUAAAUACUUACAUGUGGCAAGAGAAGAUGCAAAUAAUUUAUUUAGUGUGCAAUUCCGUACUACACCAAUGGAUAGUACUGGUGUUCCACAUAUUCUUGAGCAUACUGUACUUUGUGGUUCUCAGAAGUAUCCCUGCAGAGAUCCUUUCUUCAAAAUGCUAAACAGAUCAUUAGCCACUUUUAUGAAUGCAUUUACGGCUAGUGAUUAUACAUUAUAUCCAUUUUCAACACAAAAUUCUAAGGAUUUUCAGAAUCUCCUCUCAGUAUAUCUGGAUGCAGUCUUCUUUCCAUGUUUGAGGGAACUGGACUUCUGGCAAGAAGGUUGGAGACUAGAACAUGAGGAUCCAAGUGACUCCCAAACAGGCCUCGUCUUUAAAGGAAUCGUUUUUAAUGAAAUGAAAGGAGCAUUUACAGACAAUGAGAGGAUAUUCUCGCAGUCUCUUCAAAACCGACUCCUUCCUGAUCAUACUUACUCAGUUGUAUCUGGUGGUGAUCCACUAAGCAUCCCUGAUCUUUCAUGGGAACAACUUAAACAAUUCCAUGCUACUCAUUACCAUCCGAGUAAUGCUAGGUUCUUUACUUAUGGCAACCUUCCAUUGGAACAGCAUCUGAGGCAAAUUCAUGAAGAAGCUCUUAAUAAAUUUCAGAGAAUUGAGCCUAAUACUGCAGUGCCACCCCAGAAACUUUGGGAUACACCUAGGGAAUACCACGUGACAUGUGGUCCAGAUAAAUUUGCAACAGACCCAACUAAGCAAACAACCAUUAGUGUCAGUUUCCUUUUGCCAGAUAUUACAGAUAUAUUUGAAUCCUUCACCCUAAAUCUUUUGUCUUCACUACUGAUUGAUGGACCCAAUUCUCCAUUUUAUAAAGCGUUGAUUGAAUCUGGUCUUGGCACAGACUUCUCUCCAGAUGUUGGGUAUAACGGCCAUACAAGAGAGGCUUUCUUCAGUGUGGGCCUGCAGGGGAUUGCUGACACACACAUAGAAACAGUCAAACAGAUUAUUACUAAAACAAUUGAUGAAGUUAUCGAGAAAGGGUUUGAAGAUGAUCGAGUUGAAGCUUUGCUACAAAAAAUUGAAAUCCAAAUGAAACACCAGUCAACUAGUUUUGGCCUUGCUCUGUCAUCAUAUAUAGCUUCCUGCUGGAAUCAUGAAGGGGAUCCCAUUGAACUUUUAAAUCUAGGAAAUCAAGUGACUCGAUUCAGGAAGUGCCUUAAGGAAAAUCCAAAUUUUCUGCAAAAGAAAGUCAAGCAAUAUUUUAAGAAUAACCAACACAGGUUGACUUUAUCUAUGAAUCCAGAUGAAAAAUAUUAUGAGAAGCAAGCACAAAUGGAAACAGAAAAACUGAAACAAAAGACUGAUUCUCUUUCUAUGAAAGAGAAGCUACACAUAUAUGAAAAAGGUUUAGAAUUACAGAAUUUGCAAAGUAAACCACAAGAUGCUACCUGUCUGCCAGCAUUAAAAGUGUCUGACAUUGAACCCACUAUAUCUUCUACUGAGCUGGAUACUGCAUUGGCAGCUGGCGAAAUCCCUGUCCAGUACUGUGCUCAACCAACCAAUGGUGUGGUAUAUUUCAGAGCCUUUUGUAAUCUGAAUACACUUCCUGAGGAACUCAGGCCUUAUGUGCCUCUUUUCUGCAGUGUGCUUACAAAGAUGGGUUGUGGCAUUUAUGACUAUAGAGAACAAGCUCAGCAAAUAGAACUAAAAACAGGAGGAAUGUCAGUUUCCCCUCAUGUGAUUCCAGAUGAUUCAGAUUUAGAUAUGUAUGAACAGGGUGUGCUUUUUUCAUCUUUGUGCCUAGAUCGAAAUCUAUCAGACAUGAUGCAUUUAUGGAGUGAAAUAUUUAACAACCCACACUUUGAAGAUGAGGAACACUUUAAAGUGUUAGUUAAAAUGAGUGCUCAGGAGCUUUCCAAUGGAAUUCCUAAUUCUGGCCAUUUAUAUGCAUCUGUUAGAGCUAGUAGAACACUAACUCCUGCUGGAGACUUAUUAGAAACCUUUAAUGGCAUGGAUCAGGUGAGACUAAUGAAGCGAAUUGCAGAAAUGUCAGACAUUAAGCCAAUUCUAAGAAAACUUCCACGUAUCAAGAAACAUUUAUUAAAUUGUGAUAACAUGAGAUGUUCAGUGAAUGCUGCCCCUCAACAGAUGUCUCAGGCAGAGAAAGAAAUUGAAAAUUUCAUAAAAAGCCUUGGUCGAAGUAAAAAGGAAAGAAAAUCUGUCCGGCCCCAGGUAAUUGAGAAAUCUGUUGAUUCCAAACCAAUCGAUGGUAAUUUAGUAAAUGGUCCCCAAAUGACAAGGAAACUAAUUUCUGACCCUACUUUCAAACCAUGUCAGAUGAAGACUCAUUUUAUACUUCCUUUUCCUGUGAAUUAUGUAGGGGAAGGUGUGAGGACUGUUCCUUACACGCAUCCAGAUUAUGCCAGACUUAGGAUCCUUGCACGUUUGAUGACUGCUAAGUUCUUACAUACAGAAAUUAGAGAGAAAGGUGGUGCGUAUGGUGGAGGUGCUAAACUCAGCAGUAAUGGAAUAUUCACCUUUUACUCCUAUAGGGAUCCAAAUUCAAUACAAACUCUCCAGUCUUUUGAAAAAGCAGUCAAUUGGGCCAAAUCUGGAAAAUUCACAGAGAUGGAUAUUGAAGAAGCAAAACUUUCUGUUUUUUCAGUUGUAGAUGCUCCAGUUGCACCUUCAGACAAAGGAAUGGACCGAUUCUUAUAUGGGCUUUCAGAUGAAAUGAAGCAGGCACACAGAGAACAACUCUUUGGUGUUAGUCAGGAGCAACUUAUUAAUGUUAGCAAUAAAUACCUCAGAAUUGGACAGAGCACACGAGGACUAGCAAUACUCGGACCAGAUAACAUGAACAUUGAUAAAGACCCAUCAUGGGUAAUAAGAUAAUUAGUUACAAAAGAAGUCUCAAAAUAGAGCUAAAUUGAACACAUAUUAAGUAGGUUCUUAUUAUUCGACUCAUAACCCAAAAUCACUCUAAUGGGUCAUUUUUUUGCGCAAAAUUUUGUCACACUAUCUCAUUCAGAACUUUGUCAGAUCAUGAAGGAUUGUAUAAUUUGAUGGCCUAACUGAAGGGAUUAUGAAUAAACUUUAAAAAUGUAUAAACUAUAUUUUUUUAACUUUUGCGCAAAACUUUAUCAUGUACACUGUUGUCAGAUCAUGAAGGAACAAUAGUGAUUGUAUAAUUUGAUGGCCUAAUUGAAGGGAUUAUGACUAAACUUUAAAAGUGUAUAAACUAUAUUUUUUUAACUUCAAGAGCAGUGUUUUUACUUCAUUCUGUAGGCCCUCAAUUGGCAUGUCAACUUUAAACAGCUGUCACUUAGAAAUAAAACAAGAAUCUGACCCAAAUGUGCAUUGGUUAUCUGUUUUCAGCACUGUUUUCCAUUUAGUAUGGGAAUAAAACUAAAAUAUAGCAUCUCAUUUGUUUUAUCCAGGGCUAAUUAACCAGUAGAUUUAUUUCCUUUUCUCCCUCAAUCUCUUCAAAAUGCAAACUACAGAGCUGAUCUUAGGAAAAAUGAGCAUGAACUUACUAUGAGGCUCACUAUCAAUGCCUAUGUCAACAAAUCGAUUGCGAUACACCUCUCUCUACCUGUUCUUACCUCAGUCUUCUCCUGGCAGAGCUAAGAGUCAUAUCAAUUUAGAGUUGUCAUAGGUGAAAACACUGGGCAUGGUUAAGUGGUUUAAGUGCUUAAGUGACUUGGUCCAAAUCAUGCAGCUUGGAAAAUAACAACUACAACCAAGAUCUCUUAAUUACCCACUUCCAUACACUUUCUCCUAUUCUACAUCUCUGUCUUAACUAAUCAGAAUCUAGGGCUCAAAUCUGUUUAGUAAAAUUUUGUAUUUCCUGUUGAGUUAGGGGUGGAUUUCUUUUUGGAGGGGAGGGGAAGAAGACUUUGUUGCCCCUUCACAGGCCUUUGAUUAAAAAGGUUCCUUUUCCUCCUCACUUCAAGGCUGCUCUGCCAUAUGCUGAUUUUUCCCCUGCUAUACACUGUUCUUUUAAGUCAGGGCUUGAGCACUUCCCAUCUGUGAACCACUGAAAAUAUGACCAACAAUUUCUCUCUGAGAGCAAGAAAAAUCAGCAUUUUUUUCAAAUGUUACAUAUCUAACCUGAGUCUUGUCUAACAACUAGUUAAAAACAUGGAACAUACCAAGUUUUGUUCAGUUAUUCUUUGAAGUCACUAUACUUAUAACCAUAGAUUCAGUAUUAACUUUUAAAAAAACUAUCUUCUGAGAAGUGAUAAUACUGUAGAUUUGUGGCUGAGUUUUCACUUGUGUAACAAAGCCUGUUUGAGGUUUUUGUAAGCUUAUUUUUCACAAACAUAAAAUUAUAAUUGUGAUAGUCAUUUUAAUUCCACUUUAUAUACACACCAUUUGCUUGACACAAAACAUCUACAUGUUCUAGGUAGAAAUAACAAUUUUGAUACAAAGUACAUAAGAGAUUUACUCCAUAGUAUAUUCAUUAUUUUGCAUUUGAAUUAUUUAUUUUGUAAGGAUCAUUAGGUAAUAUGUAAAUGAGAGUGAUAUUGAUAAUCAGUACUUUGUAGUUAAGUGAUUGAGUAUUUAAUAUCUGACACAAUACAGAAAAAAAAAUUGCAACCUAUUCCUUAUUUUGCAUAAAGUGCUUAUACAAUAACUUAAGUGUUACAAAAAAUAGCAGUGACCAAAAAAUUCUAAAGCAUCAUUACAGACACACAAUGUGACUCCACAUGACUUAACAUGUUGUGAGUUAACCUUCUGUGUUAAUGCCAGGUACAUGUUCAAACAGACCUGAAUCGGAAACAUCAUAGCUGAUUUUAUACUUGGCCAAAAUUUUCAUCAAAGGUCGGAGUUUCAACCACCAUUGUUCUUUGGGAAUUCUGUGC